CGAACGAACCUCGGGGCCUUUAGAGACGCUCCUCUGCUUCUUCUCUGUCUCUCUCAGAGCCAUGGCUUUGCUGACUCGCGUCCCGCGCGUGCCGCUCCAGCUCGGCGCCCUCGCCCUCCACACCACCCCAUCUCUCUACUCCUCCGCCACCUCCUCCCCCGCCACCUACGACCGCCCUCCCCCGCCGUCCACCUCUUCACCGGCCGGGCUCUCCAAGGCGGCGGAGUUCGUGAUCUCCAAAGUCGACGAUCUGAUGAACUGGGCCCGGCGCGGCUCCAUCUGGCCCAUGACCUUCGGCCUGGCUUGCUGCGCCGUGGAGAUGAUGCACACCGGAGCUGCCCGCUACGAUUUGGACCGCUUCGGUAUCAUUUUCCGGCCCAGUCCACGUCAGUCGGAUUGUAUGAUCGUCGCCGGUACUCUCACCAAUAAGAUGGCCCCCGCUCUCCGCAAGGUUUAUGACCAAAUGCCUGAACCAAGAUGGGUCAUCUCUAUGGGUAGCUGUGCCAAUGGGGGUGGUUACUACCAUUACUCGUAUUCUGUUGUUAGGGGAUGUGACCGGAUUGUCCCUGUUGAUAUCUAUGUUCCGGGCUGCCCUCCCACUGCUGAGGCCCUACUCUAUGGCCUUCUCCAGUUGCAGAAGAAAAUCAACCGGCGCAAAGAUUUCCUACUUUGGUGGACCAAGUGAAGGGUGUUCAUGUUGCGAGUUGGGCAGCUUUGGUUAUAUCCUAUCAAAUAAAAAGUCAAUUGGGGAUGGUCUCGCCUGGCCAAGCACCAUGUAAAGGGAUAUAUUGCAUUGGCCUGUCUCAGGAUGUCCAUUGUUGUGCUUUGCUACUUUUUCUUUUGGCAGAACCUUCUUUCUGUUUCUAAACUUGUUUCCUGACCUAUCUGCCCUUCUUCAUCUACUUGAAUGAUUGUUGAACGUUGCAUACAGUUUUCGCUUAACCUGGGAUUGAGUAAGCCCGUAUUUUGUAGGCGGUGUUGUUUGUUCAAGACUUUAAUGUUGCGUUGUAGUUGCUGGUUGCGACUAUGUUUCAAUACGUUUGUCCACCUUGCUCCUUGACCGUGCAUAAGUCCUGAAUGUGUAGCACCUAAACAAAAUAAUGAGUGUCACCUUGCUUUUUUCGUGUU